CCAAGAGACGAGUGUGUGUGAGCGCGCCGCGGAACUCCGUGACACUGACACGCAUCAUGCUGCUGGAGCCGAGCACAGGAGCCUCGUCAGGAGGCUUUUAACUCGCGACAGGCGGGAAAGCAGGUGAGAGAUGCGGGCGCCGCGUUCAAAGGAACCCCGCUGUUUUGUUUGUCGUCAGUGUCAACAACAGUCCUGCUGCAGCUCCGCUCACGACUCCCAUCAGUUCAUUUAACGGCGCUGCACCGAGGAAAUCCCUGGGACUAUGUGAGCAUCAUGCUCGCUGUGAGAUGCCUGCUGUUCGCUGCAGUGUGUGCACGGUGCGCCGUGACAGGUCUGAGGGAGCGGGUGAGUCUGGAGGGGAGGCUGCCGCCUGCAGAGGAGCUGGUUCAGCCCAAGAGGCUCCUGCAACAGAUUCACUCCGAGGAGGAGCUGAUCCACAGCCGCCUGGACACCCGGGUCAAAAACUACACAGCUGGAGCGCAGCCCGUCCAUCUGGCCCAGAGCAGCUUCUUGGUGGAGGCCUUCGGCACAUCCUUCAUCCUUGACCUGGAACUCAACCACAACCUGCUGUCUACAGACUAUGUGGAGCGUCACUACGACGAGAAGGGGCAGCUGUUACAGAAUUUGGGAGGAGAGCACUGCUACUACCAUGGGCAUGUGCGGGGUCUGCCGGGCUCCUGGGCCGCUCUGUCCACCUGCCACGGCCUGCGGGGGAUGUUUUCUGACGGAAACUUCUCGUACGGGAUUGAGCCAGUCGGCACUGGAGAGGAGCAGAGCGACCACAUUGUGUAUCGUAUGCCGGAUAUUGACCUCUUCCCACCUCCCUGUCCAGGAUGCUCCGUGAACGGCACAGAGCCUGAGGAGCAGACACACGGCCACGUUGAAGGAGACGGUGAGCUGAGGGAUGGAGACGACUGGUCUGAAGAGGAGAAGCCCGUCUUCACAUCAGGCCUGAGACGCUCAAAAAGACAAGUGCGGCGAGGCCAGCGCACCGUCCAGACUGAGACCAAGUACAUCGAGCUGAUGGUGGUCAACGACCAUGAGCUGUUUGUGCAGCUCCGUCGCUCGUCCACUCAGACCAAGAACUUUGCCAAAGCAGUGGUGAACAUGGCCGACGCGAUCUACAAGGAGCAGCUCAACACCCGCAUCGUCCUGGUGGCCAUGGAAACCUGGUCCUCUGAAAACAAGGUCUCUGUGGGCGACGACGCUUUGCUCACCCUGCGUGACUUCAUGAAGUACAGGAAGGAGAGCAUCAAGCAGCGCUGCGACGCUGUUCACCUCUUCUCUGGGAGGACGUUCAUGAGCAGCCGCAGUGAGGCAGCCUACAUCGGGGGAAUCUGCUCCAUCACUCGGGGUGGAGGCAUCAACGAGUUUGGCAGCGUGGGCCCCAUGGCCAUCACUCUGAGUCAGAGCCUGGGCCAGAACAUCGGCAUGCUGAGGAACAAAGAGCGACUGGCUGCAGAAGACUGCCGGUGUCCAGACCCAUGGCUGGGCUGCAUCAUGGAGGACACAGGUUACUACCUGCCCAGGAAGUUCUCUCGCUGCAGUAUAGACGAGUACCUGCGCUUCCUCCAGCAGGGAGGAGGCAGCUGCCUCUUCAACAAGCCCAACAAGUUGUUGGACCCACCAGAGUGUGGGAACGGAUACGUGGAGCUGGGAGAGGAGUGUGACUGUGGAUCACUAGUGGAGUGUGCACGGAGUGGAGCCAACUGCUGCAAGAAGUGCACCCUUACCCACAAUGCCAUGUGCAGCAAUGGGCUCUGCUGCAGGGACUGCAAGUACGAGCUGAGAGGGGCGACGUGCCGUGAGGCUGUUAACGACUGCGACAUCCCUGAGACCUGCAUGGGAGACACCAGCCAGUGUCCUCAUAACGUCCACAAACUGGAUGGCUACAUGUGUAAUGCAGGACAGGGUCGCUGUUACGGAGGCCGCUGUAAGACCAGAGAUGGCCAGUGCAGGACGCUGUGGGGCUACAACUCAGCCGACAGGUUCUGCUAUGAGAAGCUGAACUCUGAGGGCACAGAGAAAGGAAACUGUGGCCCAGACUCCAGCGGUCAGGGAUGGGUGCAGUGCAACAAGCAAGACGUCCUGUGCGGUUUGCUGCUGUGCACCAAUCUGACAGAUAAGCCGAGGUUUGGUGAGCUGCAGGGGAGGCUCACCAGUCUGACCAUCCACCAUCAGAACAGAUACCUGGACUGCAAGGGCGGCCAUGCAGUGCUGGAUGAUGGCUUGGAUAUGGGCUACGUGGAGGACGGGACACCAUGUGGGCCAAACAUGAUGUGUUUGGAGCGUCGCUGCCUCCCUGUCACGACCUUCAACCUCAGCACCUGCCCGGGCUCCUCGUCCUCUCGCAUCUGCUCGCACCACGGGACUUGCAGCAACGAGGUGAAGUGUAUCUGCGAUCCAGACUACACUGGGAAGGACUGUAGCGUGUUUGACCCCAUCCCCAUCCCCACGCCGCCAGAGGGACCAGAGAAAAGCAGAGGAACAUCCGGAGAGGAAGAUCUUCGGGAGUCUGAGUCGUAUCUCUUUGCUGUCCUGUCUUCCUUACACUGUGUCCAAUCCGCUCCGAGGAGACAAAACAAAGAUGUCUUCCACUUACAAGCCCUCAGACCUUUUCUGUUUCCUUUUUUGAUGUCAUUUAACCGUGCUCCGUUUAUAUUCUCCUCCUGGAAAGUCUCAUUAUGAUUAUUAUUUUUAACUGCGGUAUGGAAGCCAAGAGGACACGUUCCCACCGGAACUGAAAGGCUGUCAGGGAUUGUCUGGUUCCAGAUGCUGACAUCGUCGGUUUUGUUUUCCCUUACACUGGUUACAGC